AUGCUGCAGAACGCAGUUGGACCAAACAUAGAUAGUACACCCCCGCAACUUGAAACUCUUCAUCGAUGCUUUCGGAUUCCGGAAAUUAUCCUCCAAGUGUUCGCAGCAGUGUCGGUGCAGGACUCUCCAAACGCGACGUUGGCUGCGUUGGCUCGGACAUGCCGCCUAUUCGAACAACCGGCGCUUGAAUAUCUCUGGAGCGAUCCCGGCACUCACACGCUUGACUACGUUCUCAAUUGCCUCCCCCAUGGCCUCUUUACUGGGAACCGAUAUCAUGAUGUAUUGUCCCUUUCUCGCGCCAUUCGGUCGAGCGACUGGGAACGGCCGCGCCGCUACUGCAAUCUUGUCCGCACUCUGUCUGUGUCGUAUGGCAAAACACACAAACAGUUGGCUACGCUUGGGCAGUUCUACCCCGAGCUCUGCCUUUUCCCUCAACUUCGACAACUUGUAAUCUGUGGCUAUGACACCAUGCAUCUCCAGGAACCUCUUUUACGAACGCUCUUGUCGCCGACGCUCAAGCACAUCGAACUGGAUGAAGUCUAUUUGCAGACAAUUUCCCUCUUUCCAAUCAUCAUCCAUCGUGCUCCGCAACUCACUACACUCAUCUUUGAUGCAUAUCCGGGACUCAACGGGCCAAUCGACCACGCCGAGGCACUAUCUGAACUUCUCCAGAGCCUCCACCAUCUUCAGGUCCUGACACUGGCUCACACGGAUGAUACUAUGUUGUCUCAUGUGUCUCGGCUCAGAAAGUUGAGAAAACUUACCAUUAACAGAUUGGACCUGCCAGUAGCUUCUCAGAGCACAACUCUACAGGCGCUCGACAGUUUGGGCACCUUCCCUUCUCUCGAGACACUUUCCGUCGCAAGGGUGAACCUCCGCGCACUUACAGCAGUUAUCCAACUUAUCCGAAUCUCCCCUCUUCGCAAACUUGAUAUUUGCCCCCUUCCUGAGUCUCACCUCACCACAGCAGACACGACCGCAUUCUGUCGAAGCGUCGGAGCCUACAUCAACAGGCAAACCCUCCAACAAUUCGACUACCAGCUUCGCUCGCAUCAUCGCUACCCCGUGUCUUUAGUUCACGUAGACAUCUCAGCGGAUGCAUUCCGAUCUUUGCAAGAUUUUCCGGGCUUGACACAUCUGUAUAUGCAGUGUGACGGAAAAUACAGUGUUAACGACGGCCUUAUGGACGACCUUGCGCGCUCCUGGCCAGCACUGGAAACCUUCACACUUUGUCCCUCAAAGACCAAUUCGGCCCGGAAGACCAUAAAGCUGACCCUGGUGUCCCUCGUGGCCUUCGCAACACACUGCUCCCGCCUCGUCGCCCUCAACAUGUCCUUCGACGCCACAGCGUUGCCGUCAACUAUGGCUGUCGAUGGCUCCGGCGAGCCCGUCAUUCAGACCUCGCUCGUACGCCUGUCCACCGGCUACUCUCCCAUCCGUGACCCUGUCAAAGUUGCGCAUUUCCUUUCUCGCCUCUUCCCCCGCCUCGACCUGAUCAAGAGCUCGCAUUGUGUCGACUCGGACUCGGAUGACAGCGACAGUGUGAGCGAGUCAGCGCCACACCCGGGCCGCCCACACGGUUCCAAACUAUAUGCCGCUUGCUGGAAGGAUGUUGCGGCAAAGCUUGCUGCCGCUACCGCCACUUGA